UUUGCAUACUGUUUGUUUAAUUAAAAAAGAAAGAAAGUUUUGCCCAGGUAGUGACGUCAGCGCUGCGCUGAGUCAGCUCAGUCAAACCGGAAACAAAACAGUGCAGGGCGCAGCCGCAGUAGCAGGCUGGGCUCGUGACGUCCUGCGGGUGAAGGAGCGCGAGGGCAGCUGCCGACUGGAUCAAACCGGAAGAGAGGAAGAGGAGUUUGGAGCUGCAGCGAUGAAGAGGGGCCGGGUGCUGCCCGUCCUAGUGGGCGGAGUCUUCUGCCUGGCUGUGAUGUCAUUGUACCGCAUGCUGGAGCUGAUGCAGGGGGCGGAGCCUGACCACGGCGGGGGCUCACCUGUCCGCCAGGUGGAGGAAGAUUUGUCCCGCCUCCAGCUGAAAAUCGACAGACUGGAGCGCCUCCUGGUGGUUAACAACCAGCUGGUCGCUCGGCUGCGGGACUCGCUGCUGGUUAGAGAGUCGCCUGAGGGAGGGGGCGGGGCCAACGGCAGCUCUAACUCCGCCCACAACCGAGCAGCUCCGCCUCCAGGCUGCCGGAAGGCCGAAGAGAUGAAGGACGACGCCGACGGAGUGCAGCUGCUGGACGUCUACGACCUCCUGCCCUUCGACAACCCCGACGGCGGCGCCUGGAAGCAGGGCUUCCAGAUCAGUUACCGUGGAGACGAGUGGGCGGAGCAGCCGCUGGAGCUCUUCCUGGUUCCCCACUCCCACAACGACCCAGGCUGGGUGAAGACGUUUGACGGCUACUACCGGGACCAGACCAGACACAUACUGGACAACAUGCUGGUCAAACUGGGAGAGGACAGCAGGAGGAAGAUGAUCUGGGCCGAGAUCAGCUACUUCUCCCAGUGGUGGAACGACAUCGAUGACCAGAAGAGGGCGCUGGUCAGACGCCUGGUGGGGGCGGGGCAGUUGGAGAUGGUGACGGGCGGUUGGGUCAUGUCUGAUGAAGCGAACUCUCACUACUUUGCGAUGCUGGAUCAGCUGAUGGAGGGCCACCAGUGGCUGCAGACUCACCUGGGCGUGAAGCCGAGCAGCGGCUGGGCCGUCGAUCCCUUUGGCCACUCCCCUUCCAUGACGUACCUGCUGAAGGGGGCGGGGCUUAGCAACAUGCUGAUCCAGAGGGUGCACUACUCCGUCAAGAAGCACUUUGCCCAGCAACGGACUCUGGAGUUUCUAUGGCGACAGAGCUGGGACUCCUCCUCCCGCAGUGACAUCACAUGUCACAUGAUGCCGUUCUACAGCUACGACGUCCCUCACACCUGCGGCCCGAACCCGGCCGUCUGCUGCCAGUUCGACUUCCACCGCCUGCCAGGGGGGCGGGUCUUCUGUCCCUGGAGGAUCCCGCCGCAGCCAAUCACAGAGCAGAACAUCAAGGAGAGAGCUCUGCUCCUAUUGGACCAGUACCGACAGAAGUCCCGCCUCUUCCGCUCCUCGGUGCUGCUGGUUCCUCUGGGAGACGAUUUCCGCUUCGUGGAGUCCGGGGAGUGGGACGCACAGUUCAGCAACUACCAGAAGCUGUUCGACUACUUCGACCAGCAUCCCGAGCUGCACAUCAAGGCCCGGUUUGGGACGCUGUCAGACUACUUUGCGGCGCUGCACCGGCGGCUGGCGGAGGCGGGAACGACGCUGCCCACGCUACGCGGAGACUUCUUCACCUACGCCGACCGGGACGACCACUACUGGAGCGGAUACUUCACCUCCCGGCCGUUCUACAAGCGGCUGGACCGGACCCUGGAGUCCACGCUCAGAGCCACUGAAAUCUUUUACACUCUCACGCUGGCUGACAUGCGCCGUUUCCGUGGCGACGGUCGUCUGGUCGAAGGGUUUCCGGCACGCGAACAUUACCAGCGGCUGACAGAGGGGAGGCGGAGCUUGGGGCUAUUCCAGCACCAUGACGCCGUCACGGGAACGGCGCGGGACCCGGUGGUCAUCGACUACGGAACCAGGUUGUUUCAUGCCAUCCUGAACCUGCGCCAGGUGUUGCUGAGCUCCGCCCACUGGCUAAUCCUGUUGGACAAGAGCCAGUACCACGAAGACCCAUCAAAACCCUUCUUGCAAAUGGAUGAGGUGAUCUCUGCGCAGGACGCUUUGCCUCAGAAGACGACGUUGACGCUCGGUGAUGAGCCCAGGUCAUUGAUCGUUUUGAACCCGACGGAGCAGCUCCGUACCUCUGUCAUCACUCUGGUGGUGGAUUCUCCAGACGCUCGCGUUGUCGAUGCAGCAAGCGGUCGACCAAUGGCAGUGCAGGUCUCUGGUGUGUGGGCGGAGCCUAGUAAAGUGUCUGCAGAAGCCUUCCAGCUCUCCUUUGUUGCUGAACUUCCUCCUCUGUCGCUCAACGUGUAUCAUGUGAUCAAAGCUCCGGCUGGCUCCGCCCCCCGGGCGCGCUAUGUCGUCCAUCGCCAUGGCGACCCACCAACCGUCCACUCUGAGCACUUCCAGGUGUCCCGGCUCCAAGGACCUGAAGCCGACUUGCCUCUGUUGCUUAGUAACAAGCAUCUUCACAUAUGGAGCUCCCCUGAGACCGGCCUGCUGCAGAAGCUGCAGCUGCAGGACGGUCGGGUCCGACAGGUCCAGGUCCACUUCCUGUGGUACGGAACCAGAACCUCAGGGGACCGCAGCGGAGCAUACCUGUUCCUGCCAGGGGAGGAGGGGCCUCAGACCUACUCGUCCUCUGAACCCCCGCUGAUCCGGGUCACUAGGGGCCCCAUCUUCUCUGACAUCACUUCCUGCUUCCCACACUUCACACACACCGUGCGGCUCUACCACCUGGACGGCCAUGCUGGGAAAUCCCUGGAGAUCUCCAACAUGGUGGACAUCAGGUCGGAGACCAACAGGGAGCUGGUCAUGCGGCUCGUCACUGAUGUCGCCAGCGGCAACCGUUUCUAUACCGACCUCAAUGGCUUCCAGAUGCAGCAACGCCGCUCGCUGGAGAAGCUCCCCCUGCAGGCCAACUUCUACCCGAUGACGUCGGCAGCAUUCCUGCAGGACGCGUCGAGUCGUCUGUCGCUGCUGUCGGCGCAGAGCCAGGCGGUGGCGUCGCUGCGAGCCGGUGAGCUGGAGCUGGUGCUGGACCGGCGGCUGCAGCAGGACGAUAACCGUGGCCUGGGUCAGGGGGUCACCGACAACAAGCCGACCGCCGCUCUCUACCGCCUGCUGCUGGAGGACAGGGGCGGGGCCAAGGAAGUGGGUGGAGCCUCAGUGGAACACCUGUCUCUCCUCGCCCACCUGGCCUCUCUCUCUCUCUCCCAUCCUCCUAUCACCAUGGUCGGCCCGGGCGACCAGCUGCCGAAGCUCCGCCCUUUCCAGGCGCUGCGCUCCUCUCUGCCAUGCGACCUUCACUUGUUGAAUCUGAGGACGCUGGAGGAUCCAAAGGAAGCUGGGAGCCCGUCACAGGAAGUGGCACUCCUCCUCCACAGGAAGGGCUUUGACUGUAGCUCCGCCCCCACGCCGCCCCCAGCCUGCUCCUGGAAUGGCCUGGAUGAGCUGGACCUGGACGAUCUGUUCGCUCCGCUGCGGUUCCGUUCGCUGCGCCGCUCCGGCCUAACGCUGCUCCGGGAGCACGACCGGUCUGACUCCGCCCACCAGGCGCAGGAGCUCCGCCCCAUGGAGAUCAGCGCAUUCCGGGUGGAGAUCGACUAUCUUUCACAAUAAAAGCCAUCUGAGGUCAAACACUGCAACUGUCUCAUUGCUGCGGCAACAUGUGUGUAGAGUGUGUGUGUUUCCAUGGAGAUGCUGUCUCGCUGUUCUCCCUGAGCGUGAAUCUGGGUGGUUGUUGUUUUUUGUGACCAAGGGAAUUCUGGGAAAUAUAUUUUUGUAAAUUUCUUUGUUUUCUGUGAAACUGAUGAAGAAAAUGUGAAGGGUUCUGGUUCUGUUCUGGCUCUGUUCUGGGCAAAUCUGGUCCAAUAAAAAUUUAAUUAUUGUUGAAAUGAAAA